CAUUUGGGGGCCGGACGCGGUGGCUCACGCCUGUAUCCACGCACUUUGGGAGGUCAAAGCAGGAGUAUCGCUUGAGCCCAGGAGUUCGAGACCAGUCUGGGCAACACAGCGAGACCCCCCCCAACCCCACAAUCUGUAAUUUAAAAACAAAAACUGCAGGUACUCCUGCCCCAAGGCGUGGCAGCGCGGGCGGGCGCUGUAGAGGGCGUGGCCGCAAGCUCUUGGUGUGUCUGGGGGCGUGGCCUGUGCGGGGCGGGGCGUAGCGCCCGCGCCGUGGGGUUGUGGCCGCGAGCUCGGGCUGUGCGCGGAGGGCGUGGCCUGUGCGGGGCGGGACUUAUUGCCUGCGCGGUGAGGGAGCGUGGUCUCGCGCAUGCUGGCCUGCGCCGUCCCGCGGCGUCGCAGUUGUGUCUAGCCGGUCCCGGGGCGGCUAUGGCGGCCACGUUCUUUGGAGAGGUGGUGAAGGCGCCAUGCCGAGCUGGGACGGAGGACGAGGAGGAGGAGGAGGAGGGGCGGAGGGAGACGCCCGAGGACAGGGAGGUGCGUCAACAGCUAGCGCGGAAGAGGGAGGUGCGGCUCCUUCGAAGACAGACAAAAACAUCUUUGGAAGUUUCUUUGCUAGAAAAAUAUCCGUGCUCCAAGUUUAUAAUUGCUAUAGGAAAUAAUGCAGUAGCAUUUCUGUCAUCAUUUGUUAUGAAUUCAGGAGUCUGGGAAGAAGUUGGUUGUGCUAAACUCUGGAAUGAAUGGUGUAGAACAGCAGACACUACACAUCUGUCCUCCACAGAGGCUUUUUGUGGGUUUUAUCAUCUCAAAUCCAAUCCCUCGGUUUUCCUCUGUCAGUGUGGUUGCUACGUUGCAGAAGAUCAGCAGUAUCAGUGGCUGGAAAAGGUUUUUGGCUCUUGUCCAAGGAAGAACAUGCAGAUAACUAUUCUCACGUGUCGACACGUUACCGAUUAUAAAACCUUAGAAUCCACUGGCAGCCUUCCUUCUCCUUUCCUGAAAGCCCUGAAAACACAGAAUUUCAAAGACCCUGCGUGUUGUCCAUUGCUAGAACAACCGAAUAUAGUACACGACCUUCCUGCAGCAGUUCUGAGUUACUGUCAAGUAUGGAAAAUCCCAGCAAUUCUGUACUUGUGUUAUACUGAUGUGAUGAAAUUAGACCUAAUUACAGUGGAAGCUUUUAAGCCUAUACUUUCUACCAGAAACUUGAAGGGUUUGGUUAAGAAUAUUCCCCAAAGCACUGAGAUACUAAAGAAAUUGAUGACAACAAAUGAGAUUCAGAGUAACAUUUAUACAUGAUCUUAAACAUUGUUUUGUAAUGUAUAUUACUUGUCCAUUCCUUUAAGGGGAGCAGCGUGCACUCUUUUGUAGAUUACUUUUGGGGGAUAUAUUUUGAGAACGAUGAAACGGAAUAAAAUUGUAAAAAAUUAA